CGGGCGGAGGUCUGUGGUGCAGAACGUCUCAGUGUCUCAGUCAUGCUGCGUUUCCUGGUGUUUUUCUCCGUGGCGGCGGCCUUCGGGCUGGCCCAGCUGACCCCCGAGCCCCGGUACCUGGAGGAGGACGCCGUGGAGGAGAGAGUGGUGGGGGGGCAGGUGGCCUCGCCCAACUCAUGGCCCUGGCAGAUUUCUCUUCAGUACAAAUCGGGCAGCAGCUUCUACCACACGUGUGGAGGAAGCCUGAUCAGGAGAGGAUGGGUGAUGACCGCGGCCCACUGCGUGGACAGUCCCAGGACUUGGCGCGUGGUUCUUGGAGAUCACAACAUCAACUCUAACGAGGGCAGAGAGCAGUACAUGAGCGUGAGCAGCGUCCACGUCCACCCCAACUGGAACUCCAACAACGUGGCUGGAGGGUGGGACAUCGCUCUCCUCCGUCUGUCCUCCGAAGCGUCCCUCAACAACUACGUCCGGCUGGCCACUCUGCCCCCCCCGGGGCAGGUGCUGCCCAACAACAACCCCUGCUACAUCACCGGCUGGGGUCGCACUCAGACUGGAGGGCAGCUGUCGGCGCAGCUGAAGCAGGCCUCGUUGCCGCUGGUGGACCACAGGACCUGCAGCAGCAGCGGCUGGUGGGGCAGCACCGUGAAGGACUCCAUGGUCUGCGCCGGCGGCGCCAGUGACUCUGGCUGCCAGGGCGACUCCGGGGGCCCCUUGAACUGCAGCGUCAGCGGACAGUGGGUCGUCCACGGAGUGACCAGCUUCGUCUCCUCCAGCGGCUGCAACGCCUACCGGAGGCCCACCGUCUUCACCCGCGUCUCAGCCUACAGCAGCUGGAUGAACAACAUCAUGGGUUGAGAAGGAAAGUCUCCAUGGAGACAGCAGCACUCUGGAUUCUACUCAGUUCUUCCACCGACCAUCAGAAUAAAAUGUCCCUGC